AUGGUGCUGUUGCUGCUGGUGGCGAUCCCGCUGCUGGUGCACAGCUCCCGCGGGCCAGCGCACUACGAGAUGCUGGGUCGCUGUCGCAUGGUAUGCGACCCGCAUGGGCCUCGAGGCCCGGGACCCGACGGCGCGCCUGUCUCCGCGCCCCCCUUCCCGCCGGGCUCCAAGGGAGAGGUGGGCCGGCGGGGAAGGGCAGGUCUUCGAGGGCCCCCGGGACCACCAGGUCCCAGAGGGCCACCAGGAGAGCCGGGCAGGCCAGGUCCCCCAGGCCCUCCCGGCCCCGGCCCCGGCGGGGUGGCGCCCCCUGCCGGCUACGUGCCCCGCAUUGCCUUCUAUGCGGGCCUGCGGCGGCCACACGAGGGCUACGAGGUGCUGCGCUUCGACGACGUGGUGACUAACGUGGGCAACGCUUACGAGGCGGCCAGCGGCAAGUUCACCUGCCCCAUGCCGGGCGUCUACUUCUUCGCUUACCAUGUGCUCAUGCGCGGCGGCGACGGCACCAGCAUGUGGGCAGACCUGAUGAAGAACGGACAGGUCCGGGCCAGCGCCAUUGCCCAGGACGCAGACCAGAACUACGACUACGCCAGCAACAGCGUCAUCCUGCACCUGGAUGUGGGCGAUGAAGUCUUCAUCAAGCUGGACGGCGGGAAGGUGCAUGGCGGGAACACCAACAAGUACAGCACUUUCUCUGGCUUCAUCAUCUACCCGGACUGAGCCGGCCCCGUCCUCUACCCCCCUCGCUUGCCCUUUGUCUUCUCUUCCCUCCUCACCCACUUUCAGUUGGCCCCACCCAAGGUGCCACCCCAUCCUUUGAGACCCAGGCUGUGGGGUGGACCUGCCUGCUCCCGGAGGAGGCCUUACUGGGCAGUCUCUCUCGGUGCGUCCAGGAAUUAGUGGCUGGGGAGCGGACCACCCGCAUCCUGCGGAAGCAGGUCUGAGAAGGGCGGAGGCUGUGGCCCUCUCUCCCGCUGGGAACUGGGGAACAGUCACAAGCCAGACGUGGCAUUGUAGGAGGGAGAACAGAGAUAGGAAUUCAUCUAGGUGGGAGGAGAUGUUGGGACUGGGGUAGGCACUGGUCCUCUGU